AUCCCUCUGAUCUCGGGUUUACUGACUGGUCCAGUUCUCGGGAAAUACUGACUGUACCCAGACGUUUUUAUGCGCUUGUCUCGACUCAUUAGGACAUCCCGGUAGUAUUACUGCUCCCGUCAUUGCCACGCCACUUCACAUUCACCUUAAAGCAUGUAGCAACGCCCAUUGAUUACCGAUUAUGAUAUCUCUAUCUGGACCAUAAGCUUCCCCCCAUUCCUUCGUCGGCGACAUUGAACACUUCUCUACCACUUUCUUUAACCAACAUCCAUCAUGCUCUCUACUUUGUCGUUCAUCGCAUUUUUCGUUUCCACAGUUCAUGCUGGAAAACGCGGCCUAGCGUGGCCCUACUACAACAGCCCCUUGAAUCCCGGAAAGUUCAACACCGGAAACGGAAAGGUCGUCGCAAUCUACGAUUGGGAAACUUACGCUCCCCCUUCUACCAAUGGCAACGGGGGGUUGGGAUUUAUCGGAAUGCAGCGUUGCAUGGACUGUGAUUCAAGUCCCAUUGCGGAUCUGGCUUCCCGACAGGCCGCUCAAGGCUGGGCUACCGUAUUCACCCUAAACGAGCCUGAUGCUGCCGGGACCAGUGCCAGUGAUGCUGCGGCUUGGUACAUUACCUACGUCAACCCGCUGUCCAUUAAGAAGGCGUUUCCCGCGGUUACCUCUAGCACCUCCUCUGGUGAGGGUCUAUCCUGGCUUUCGGAAAUGAUCAGCGCGUGUGCUGGUGAAUGCUACGCUGACUACAUCAAUUUGCAUUGGUAUGGCUCGAGCUUUUCUGAUUUCCAAAGCUAUGUCGAGUCAGCCCGUGAGAAGUUUCCCAGCUACGACAUUGUUAUCACCGAAUUCGCUCUGACCAACCCGUCCGGUGGUGCGACUGCUCAGGCAUCGUUCUUUACCGAGGCAUUCUCCUGGCUAGACUCUCAAGACUACGUCGUCUUGUAUUUCCCCUUCGUCGCAACGUCACCCACCCUCAUGUCCUCCUCCGACGCAACUGCCCAGUCUUAUGUCGGCACUGGCUCAUGCCUCUUCAACACUGAUGGUUCACUUUCAACGAUUGGCAACCUUAUGCUAUCUUAACUUAUGAUUAUUUUUAUGUGCCUUUAUACAGAAAGGCCUUCGGUCGAGCCUUUUCCGAGUUGAACCAAUUGAAUUAUGAUUAGAACGCCUCGUGUGUACAUCCACUGUGCAACAGGUGGAUAUCGGAACUGGCUUCCGGACCCGUUCUUA